UUAAAUUCAAGCAUUACACUAUUUUUUAUGUGAGUGUAGUAUUUGUAUACAAAUACACGUGUUUCGUACUGUUGCUAUCUCUCAUUUUGCUUCACAUUGGGUUUUACGUGUUCUUUUCCAUAAAAUGGAACUCUUCGCAGUUAAUCGGUACGACGAAACAAAACUUACGAAGGAGGACGAACAAGCUCAAGAGGAACUUAUACUGCAAAGGCUCCGGACACCACGAGAUAAGCCGAAACGUUCUAUCAAAUGCCAAGUAAAUCAGAAUCAAAUUCAAGAUAGCCAAACAUUGGAUCAUGAUAUAACAAAAAAUUUGGAGGCAAACGAAGAAACAGAACAUGUCGAAACUGAACCGGGAACCCAGGGAGUAAAGGACGCAGAACCUACGCAACAUGACCAACUAGAAGAACAUGAACCCAAGACGCGUGAAAAUGAAACAAAUUUUGUAGUGCUUGGCGAUGAUCAUCUCAGGAGGCUAAAGAAGAUCGAUGAAGUUCUUCCUCCAUGGUUAUCUCAUCCAACCAUUAUUGAUAGUGACCUCAGUAAAAAGGGGAAAUCUAUCAAGAAAUUAGACUAUUUGAGCGAGCAGAUUAAAUGUAAUCUGAAGAAAAUGGAAUACAAAAGACUGUUUCCGGUUCAGGAGACUGUCAUACCAUGGAUCUUGGAUGCCCACCGCAAACCAGCCCCGUUUUGGCCUCGGGACGUUUGCAUAUCGUCGCCAACUGGGAGCGGUAAAACUUUGGCCUUUGCUAUUCCCGUUGUUCAACUACUUCUGAAUCGAAUUUCACCCGCCAUUCGGGCAAUGGUUGUUCUUCCUGUAACGGAGUUGGCCGAACAAGUGUAUGCUGUUUUUGAGAAACUUUGUCAAGGAACAAAAGUUCGACCACUGUUAUUAUCUCGCAAGCAGACUUUCAGCGUGGAACAAACUAAACUGGUGGAUCGUUUCAAUGAUGAAUAUAUCAUAAAGGUGGAUAUCGUUAUAACAACGGCAGGCCGUUUGGUAGAGCAUCUUCAUUCGACGAAAGGAUUCACACUGAAACAUCUUCGAUUUCUUAUCAUAGAUGAGGCGGAUCGCGUCAUGGAUCAGAUUCAAAAUGAUUGGCUGUAUCAUCUCAACAAACACGUGAAGGAAGAGUCUGAUGAAUAUCUUUUAGGAAGAGGAGCUGGUCAGCUAUCACAAACCGAGAUAUUUGACAAACCACGACAGCCUCAUAAACUCCUUUUCUCAGCCACUAUGAGUCGCGAUCCAGAGAAACUUCAUACCUUCAAAUUGUUCCAUCCGAAGCUCUUCACAGCUGUUUCUGAUCCAGCAAAACAAUUGGCAACGCUAGCGAGGAAACAUGAGGUCGCCGAAGAAAAACGCGGCAAAUUCGUCGGACAGUAUGCAACACCAGCGGAACUACGGGAACUUAUUUGCAUGACGCAAUACAAGAUCAAACCAUUGACCCUGUUCGCGUUGUUGAAAGAAAAUAAUUACAAACGUUUUCUAUGCUUCACGAAUUCGAUCGACGCUUCGCACAGAUUGUCUUUUGUUUUGCAGAAAAUGUUCGGUAGCGAUUUGAUUAUUGAAGAGUGGUCAUCAUCAUUAACUCCGACGGCCAGAAAGAACGUUCUCAGUCGAUUUAUGCUGGGAAAAGUCAAUGGAAUCAUUUGCACUGAUGCGCUCGCCCGUGGUAUCGACAUUGAUGAUAUUGAUGUGGUCAUUUCGUACGAUGCGCCUCGACACAUCAACACCUACAUCCAUCGAAUUGGUCGAACAGGUCGAGCGGGUAACCGUGGUACCUCGAUCACGAUGUUGAUCGAUGAGGAACGAAAGAAAUUCAAUACAACCUUAACGGAAGCUGGAAAACGUGCUCCACAAGAAAUCAAUAUCAACUCGAAUGCGGAAGAGGAAUAUGCCGUACUGUACUCGAAUGCAUUGAAUGAUUUGCGCGAUGCACUUGAUUUGGAAAAGCAAACUAUUAACAAAAUGCGGGGUGGAAUGUCUAUCGCCAGCAUGACAAAGGUCAAUUUGCUGAGCAAGUUAAAGGAUCGUGUAGAGAUUGAUUCGGGUACUUCGAAAGAAACAAUCAAAACAUUGCUUCAUCUGCCCAAGGCCUGGUCUAAUGAAGCUAUCGAGAAGCGCGCCAAUUCAGACAAGGGGGAAAGAAAACGAAAGCAAAAACGAACGGCUAGGGAACCUGCCAAACAAAAUGCUAAUAUGGAAGAAGUAGUGAAAGAUCCAACACCUAAAAAACGAAAACAUUCUGAUCAAGACGAAGAAUCAUGAAAAAAAGUAAGCAUAAUAGAGUUUGGGCAAUAAAAAACUAUACUACUCGAACUGCA